AUGAGAGGAGCAACAGUUCUUAAAGCCUCAGACGACAAGACGAGACAGUUAAACAACCAUACCUUGAUGGCAUUCUCGGGAGAAUCUGGAGAUACAGUGCAAUUCGCAGAAUACAUUCAAGCAAAUGCGCAACUCUACUCCAUGCGCAACGGCAUCGAACUCUCUCCCUCUGCAGUCGCACACUUCGUCCGAGGCGAACUUGCCUCCUCCCUCCGCUCCCGUAAACCAUACAACGUCAAUCUGCUCCUCGGCGGCGUUGAUCCCAUCACCCUCAAGCCCUCGUUAUACUGGCUCGACUACCUGGCGUCGUUGGCCCCCCUUCCAUAUGCUGCACACGGUUAUGCACAAUACUACUGCUUGUCCAUUCUCGAUAAGCAUCAUCAUCCGGAUAUUGAUUACGAGCAGGGAAUCAAAAUCUUAAGGAUGUGUACGGAUGAGUUGAAGAGGAGAUUACCGAUUGAUUUCAAGGGCAUGCUGGUCAAGGUUAUUACGAAGGAUGGGAUCAAGGAAAUAGAAUACUUGGAUGAUGAGAAGGUGGCUUGUCCCUGA